AACAAUUUGAUCUUUGAUGUGUACAUCAACAACCAGACCGCCGUGGAAGCAUUGGAUGUCUCAACCAAGACAAUGGCAUUGUCGUCUGCUUACUUUGUGGAUUUUGCAGUAAAUAUGUCUGCGGGUUCGGACAAAAUUUUUGUUCAAGUUGGUCCUUCUAAUUUGAGGACUAGUCCAGCCAACGCGAUUCUAAAUGGUUUGGAGAUUAUGAAAAUGAGCAGUCCCAGUAACAGCCUCGACGGAGAAUUUUUGGUACACUCUGGCAAUUUCGAAAGCUCAAAUACUAAGAGACAUGUCAAGCUAGCAAUUUUUGCUACCUUAGGAGGUUUAGCAGGCUUAUUGCUCAUCGCAAUGUUCUGUUUUCUCUGUUUCGUUUGUUUCCGUAAGCCAAAGAUGGUGAAACAAAAAUCAUUGUCAUGGCUAUCUUUUCCAAAUCACAUAGGAAUUUCAGAAACCAAAAUUUCAGCAGGUAGUUUUGCUUCAACAACACCUUCGCGGGCCUUGGGGCGCAUCUUUGCCUUCUCUGAGAUUCGUGAAGCUACGAAGGACUUUGACGAGAGCUUGGUCAUUGGUGUUGGUGGCUUUGGCAAAGUUUAUAAAGGAGUGCUAGAAAAUGGGGUUAUGGUUGCCGUAAAGCGGGGAAACGGCAAGUCUCAACAAGGACUAGUGGAGUUCAGGACAGAGAUCGAGAUGCUAUCCAAGCUACGCCACAGACACCUGGUUUCUUUAAUCGGCUACUGUGAGGAGCUCAAUGAGAUGAUCCUUGUAUAUGAAUUCAUGGCUGGCGGACCGCUCAGAAAGCACUUAUACGGCUCAGAUCUUCCUCAUCUCUCUUGGAAACAAAGACUAGAAAUAUGCAUUGGAGCUGCGAAAGGAUUGCACUAUCUUCACACGGGGGCAGCUGAGUGCAUCAUCCAUCGAGAUGUCAAAACUACCAACAUCUUGUUGGAUGAGAAACUCACUGCGAAGGUGGCUGAUUUUGGUUUAUCAAAGUUUGGCCCCGCGUUGGAUCAAACUCACGUUAGCACUGCCGUGAAGGGAAGUUUUGGUUACCUCGAUCCAGAGUACUAUCGUAGACAACAACUGACAGAGAAGUCUGAUGUCUAUUCCUUUGGAGUAGUACUCAUGGAAGUUCUAUGUGCGCGGUCAGCAAUAAAUCCAUCACUCCCACGAGAACAAGUAAACAUAGCCGAGUGGGCAAUGCAUUGGCAAAAUAAGGGCCAAUUAGAGCAGAUAAUCGAUCCUUAUCUCGUAGGAAAAGUGAGCAUCGAUUCACUCAGGAAAUAUGGUGAAACCGCGGAGAAAUGUUUGGCUGAGUAUGGCUGUGAAAGGCCAUCGAUGGGGGACGUUCUUUGGAAUCUUGAAUACGCUCUUCACUUGCAAGCGGCGGCUAGACAAUCUUUAGAGGACGAAAACAAUAAUACCAUACCAGAUAUACCUUACUCAAUUCUCCUUGUUGAGUCGGGCGAGGCUGACGAAAUCGACAUUGUUAGCCAUGGAGAAUCAGAUGUAACAACUUCAUCUGGAGUGUUCUCUCAGCUAAUCAAUCCAAAGGGAAGAUAAAGAAGAAAAAAAAUGUGGUUAAUGUUUUUUUUUAUACUAUAAGUAGAUUUAUAUACCUUAUAUUAUCAAUUCUUGAUUCAUUUUUAUGUAUGACUUACAAAGCUUACAUUUAUGGAUCAAUUAUAGUAAUGCUUUUGUUUGUAA